AUGGCUUCCCAACACCCUGGUUCAAAACGUAGAUACAUAGAAUCUGACAAUUCACCUGACGAAAAUACCACCAACCGAUCUGACUAUUGGCCACGUUUUUUGAUUAUCGAAGCUUGUGACAAAGAACCAAUAAAACUAAAUCCGUUUGCAAUCUCCAAAGGUAUCGCUGGUGCCUGCGGAAAGGUUACAAAUGUCACCAAGCUUCGAUCCGGUUCUCUCCUUGUGGAAUGUGCACAGAGACAGCAAUCCAUCAAUCUUCUCGGUUUGAAAGAGUUUGUAAAUAUCAAGGUUGCUGUCUCUGAACACAGGACACUGAACUCAUACAAGGGAAUUGUCCGUGACAGGGCUCGCUGCCUGUCCGGCAUGACCGAGGAUGAAAUAGUCAAAGAACUUGUCCAGCAGUCUGUCACAGCUGUUAAACGAUUCACGGUCAAAAAGGAUGGUUUGGUUGUAGAUACCAACACCUAUCUCUUCACUUUCGCCCGUUCGAAGAUUCCACAAUCGAUCAAAGCCGGUUAUUGUAACAUCGGAGUGGAGGUGUAUAUCCCCAAUCCACUCCGGUGCUACACCUGCCAAGCGUUUGGACAUGGAUCCAAGUCCUGCCGUGCCUCUGCUGUCUGUUACCGCUGCGGUGACAAGCAUGAGGCCACUGACUGCAGGAAGGAUGUGAAGUGUUCGAACUGUGGUGGGAGCCAUAUGGCAUCUUCCAAAUCCUGCCCUGUCUGGCAACAUGAAUUACAGAUCAUGAAAAUCAAGACUGAGCAAAACCUCUCCUACUAUGAAGCUAAGAAGAGGGUUGCAGCUGUGACACCUACGUCUGUGACUCCUAAAAAAAAAACUGUAAAAAAUGUUGAGUCUCAGACUCCUAAAGCAACAUCAGAAUCAGAACCAGAACCAGUUAAACUGUCAAACAGGGAAAAGAAAUUAUUGAAAAAGAAGCAGCUGAGAGAACAGCUGCAAACACCAAAGGCCACCUCUCCUUUAGAGGUCCCAGUAGAGGUCCAUAACUCCUUUGGUCCUCUGGACAUGGAGGUAACUCCAUCUCCUCAUGAUACCAAUAGGAGUACCACAAAGUCUUCCUCACGUUCGCGUGACAUUUCUCCCGUGGAAGCACCACCAUGA